AUGGCUGAAAAGGGAUCUGACGAUAUAGAAUGGGAUGGAUUCAAGGGAAAACGUAUUGAUGUGAGGAGAGGAAACUUUAUCACUCAAUUGGGUGGGCAAGGUUGGGGGAAAUUUCCGGAUGCGAAGUCUCGGAUGAUCAAAGGAGAGGUAGCUCUAGAACUAGUUACACGAUGGAGUGACUCUAUGCAGUUUUUGAAUGGUUCAACUCCACACCGCUCUCGAACCGUACGAUUAGCCACAAGAAAUCGCUUCGCCGCCACGGAGAAUGUGACAAACUUUCCAGUUACUCGAGAAGCGAACGCUCACCGGACUCAUCAAAACGCUUGUCAUUCUAAAGUCCAAGUUGUACCCACCGUGGCACCCACUUGUGUCGACGCAAUUAAUCCAAUGACCGGGGUUUCUGACUGCUCGGCUAGACGAUCACUAUGCAACGAUCCGCGUUACUACACCGUGAUGACAGAACAAUGUCCGCGAACUUGUAACCGAUGCACGAUAUCAAUUUGUCUCGAUUUGAUGCCCGAAUGCAAAUUCCGUGCCGCCUGUGGCUACUGUAUCACCUAUCGUGAUAUGAUGUACUUGAAUUGCCCGGAAAAGGAUUUGUACGACGGUUCAUCAAAAGAUAUUCAACCACGUGAC